UCCACGCCCUCUCAGCGCGGUAAGGAGUAGUAUGGACUAACUAUUCGCUGGCUUUGUGGACCAAAAAGGACUUUGUGGUUACUUUUUAUCACAUUAUUCGCAGUGUACAUUCCCGGAUUUAUUUCGACUGUGACAAAGAACAGCCAAAAAAUAAUGUCAGCCCGGACCAAAUCAUCUGAGCCCCCGGAGACGGAUUUGGAUUACUACGCAAGACCUGAGAACUACACUGGGUCUAAUUUAAACACCCUAACCAGGUUCCUAGUUGCAAAAGAUAAAGAAGUUUCGAAGAAGAACAAACAGUCGAAGAAGAAGAGCAAACGAAGCGACGAGAGAGAGCUCUAUAAGCGAUAUCGUCACAUUUUACCCCCUGACCUCUACGGCUCCCCCUCUUCAUCAGAAAGUAAUUCUGAUUCCGAAAACGAGAAGGAAAACGUUGCAGAGCUGGUGAGUGACAAAAAUGGAAGGUCAUCAACACAUUAUGAUCAAGGAGCUAAAAAGGACCAAACCCAACAAACAUCCAAGGAAAAGGCAGAGAGCACGGAUAAUGAUUCGGCUGUCAGAGUGAAAAUGAUUCUCAAUAACGAGGAUGUGGUAGACACCAAUUCUGACAGCGGUUACGAGAGCAGGUUGAGAAGCGAGAGCGAGCAGUUCGGGGAUUCUACAGGGACAAUGUUAGAUUCAGAACAGAGUUUUGCUGACAAAGAAGGAAGAGAUCGCUCCAGAGAUCGAAAGCAAGGCAAGAAUAAGGACAAUGCCAGCGCUACAACUUUCGCAGGAAGCAGCGAGAAUAAUACAAAUCUUUUUAGUUUGAGCCACAUGAUGUUAGGAACAGAAGCACAAAGAGCAGGAGAAAGGGGAGGAGAAGAAGAAGGAGGAGGAGGAGAAGGAGGAGGAGGAGGAGGAGGAGGAGGUGGAGGCACAAUCUCCGAGCCUGACAGCCGUUCUUCCACUGUGACAACACCCACCCGUACGCCGCUGUUAAGCAGAAGGGUCAACCUCGCAAAGUUCAUCUCAGUGAAAACAAAGCUCUCCAGUCUGGCAAGGGAAGCCCGCCAAACUGUGCAUCGACAGAGAUUCCAGAGGUUGAUAGUAGGUGUGAACGCAGUACUCAAGCUAGCUAAAGCAAUUAUCAAACCAUUUCUAUCAGCAACGAAGUCAAGAGCUUUUUGAGGUUACCUCCAGCUCAAAGAUCCACAGAACAAAUACAGACGGCUAUGUUUGGCCUACAAAGUUUGCCUUCCUUCGCUGAGUACCCACUACACAUGCAGGAAAAAUUGACACGUGUGGCUUGGUUUGAAGUAGUGACACCGAAAAGAACCAUCAUUCGCCAGGGGCACUUUGCAGAAAAUUUCUACUUCAUUUUGUCUGGUCAGGCUCUGGUGACCAUCCAUAAGCCUGGUGAAGUUUCCUCGCAGACAGCAGGCAUGAUGAGAAAGGGCACCAGUUUUGGGGAGCUUGCCCUACUCCACCACUCCAGGCGGACAGCUACGGUGACCAGUCACGACACUGUCCAGUUGCUGUCCAUCGGACGGGACGAUUUCUUUGACAUCUUCAUGUCCGGCCACGGCACUGACCAGAUGCCCGAACACAUCCGGUUUAUCAGUCAAAUGGAUUUCAUGAAGGACUGGCCUUUGGAAAGACUGUUAGAAAGACCUGAUCAGUGCCUACUGCAUUUCUUCAAGCGUAACAUGGUCAUACUGAAAGACAGUAAAGACUCAGAGUGGUUUUACAUUGUGAAAUCGGGCUCGUGUCAAGUGCUUAAGCAGCUGAAAGGUGUCACUGGGCACUUAGGACCUCUACGUCAGCAGUUUUUGCCGUCGCAAAGCCUCAUGGGUCAUCUGCAGAGCGGGGCGUCGUUUCAAGGAAGCCAGGGAAAGGCGCGAGAUUCUGUCAGACAGCGCAGGGGAGACAAGUGAAAGCGAGAGAGAUGUCUACAGGGACGGCAAUGACUUCCAAGGCAAAGCGUUUUCUAAACUAAGAUAUGCCAGAAAACCCAGCACAGGAACUCCCCAUUUUGGUCGUAGGUCAUCGAGACACAGUCCUUCAAGCCACAUGGCACAGAGCCCGAGAAGACAAAGAUCCCGGCGACAUCUGGAAUCCACUCCUGUCCCAGACCCCGACAAUCCUUUACUACAGGAGACGCAGCCUGUGUUCGUCCAGGUUGAAAUUCUCAAGCCAAAAGAUGUCUUUGGUCUGGAUCUUGUGAACUUCAACAACAGUAUUGAAUCAAGAUCUUCCAGCGUUAGCCUCGUCAGUCUGGGGGCCGAGUGCAUCAUGCUGUCCAAGUCGUUCUUCAUCCGACACGCCAACGACCGCGUGAAGAAACACUUCACGGAUAUGGUACAGCCCUACCCGGACGAGGGGACUCUACAGUCCAGUCUACAGGGCAAGGCCGACUGGGAGCUGUACAAGAAGUCUUUGCUCGGAAAACUCACGUCACCAAAGCCAACUGGACUCCGGGGACAACCCCUCACGGCUAGAUGGUGACAGUGUGUUGGUGGUUUUUGACACUGAAUUCCAACUUGUAACUGACUGUUUGAUUAAAGGUUUUGUAAGCAUGUAGGUCUUCACUUUGGGAAAGAGUGUCUGUUGAAUGUGAUAGCUGAUUAUGAUGAGUGGUCAUUGUGUAUGUUCAAGAAAAAGAGAAAGCUGGAGUUGAAAUCUAAUCUAU